UGCAUUUUGCGAGUUAGUUCGAGCCGCUCCCAGAUUACCUAGUUACGGACACGACUUCCAGAUGUCGACGACCUUUUCAAGCUGAUUUACGGAGAACAAGUUAUCUGUUUUGGCAGGUGUAAUAAGAAGCACCCCUUACCAUGUGGGAAAACGUGAACUUUCGUCGUCUCCUGGGGGGAGCAUCUAAAAAUGGCUACCGGGGAUCAGCGGAUUUCGACACGAGAGACGUCGAUGAAGUACCUGUGAUAUUCCAAGAGCCCUUUGUCAAAUAUGGAUACAGGGAGCCGCACCAUGGCCUCACGUACUACGCCAAGAGUUUCCUGGAGCUUCACAACGAGAGUCUGAACGUCUGGACCCAUGCCGCUGCCUUCUCUAUACUCCUGUACCAGUCCUACCAGUUCUGUUCUCCGUUGGACGUCAUGAACGACCCCUACGCACUGAUCUUUGCUAUCUUCUGCGCGUGUUGCUGUACGUUCCUCUUGCUGAGCGCGAUCGCCCAUCUCUUCCACUCACACAGCGAGCUGACGCAUUACACCUGCUGGUUCAUAGACUACCUCGGUAUGAGCAUCUAUGGCUUCGGUGGCUCCCUGGCUCACUAUUACUUCUCGGCGCUUCCCUCGUUCAUGCACUCUGUAAGCUGGUUCUUCAUCCCCCUGCUGCUCGUCCUAAGCUACGGCGUGUGCUUCUGCUGUAGCUUCGCCAAGUACCGGUAUAAGCGGCCAUAUCCCUUUGCAAGGAAGCUGUGGCAGUUGGGCUCGGUUGGGGCGGGUUACGUGCUCAUCAUCACGCCCAUCUACCACCGCCUUCUUGGCUGUCUCUUCUCAGACCAACCCAUGGACCAGGCCCUCUUCUUUCACUUCUUGCAGGUCAGCUUCAUCUUGCCAAGCAUCUUCUUCUUUGCAGCGCCGUACCCUCAGAAGCUGCAGCCGGGUAAGUACGACAUCGUCGGUCACGGACAUCAAAUGUUUCACGUAGCCAUGGCCUUUGUUUCCUACUACCAGAUGAAAGCUGUUCAUUUAGACUUCCUGCAUCGACGUGAUGAGUACUCCACCCAUACUGAUCCAUCGAUGAUCCAAGCCAUCUUAUACAUCACUGUCUUGGUCAUCGCUGAUAUUAUAACAUUGUUUGUCUUCAGACAUAAAGUAUGGCAAAACAUUAGCAAGGUUGAUAUGGAUUAAUGACGGUGAAUUAUUUUGUAAUAAAAUGGCAAACGAAAAACAGUUCUUUCAGUACAAUUUGAUAUUUUCACAGGCUAAUAUGUAUGUUUGAUAUUGAAAAUGCAAGAUUGUGAUGCAAGGGAAAUUGGGCUAAGGAAUAGAUUUAUAGAAAUGUUUCAACUCUGCUUUUUUGGCAGUACAGAAACCUUGAAUCAUGUGAAGUAACAGGAAUUUUUAUCCUUUUGCACCUGGCUGCAUGUUAUCUACAUGAAGAUUUAAGUUAUGUCAGUGAAACCCCCCGAAAUGAAUAAUUCCAAAUUCAUAGCAUGAUAUUCUCAUUACAAUUGAUGGAGGCAAAUAAUGAACUUACUGGAAUGUAUCCAGUGUAUGAAUUAACAUGUCAAUUGUCAAAGUUAAUGAUGAAUGUUGGUAGUUGAAGCUCAAAUUGUGCAAAUGACGCUAUCAUAUAUUAUAAUUUAACUUUAUCAUGUAACAAUGCAAAUGUUCUGGAAUUUUACUCAAGGUUUUUGACAAACGGUAUCGUUAAUGAUGUUUUGAAUAGCAGUACUCGUCUUCUUUUUCAGAUCAAUUCCAAAAUGCUAUUAAAGUAUUUAACUGUGUAGAGAUUGAUGCAUAAUAUGGCUUAUUGUGAGUCUGAACACAAAUGUGUGUAACCCCAAUAGACUUUAUGUACUGAAGUUCUUUAGCUUGAUACUGCAUACAUGUGCACCAACUGAUCCUAGAGGUUUUGUUAUCAAGCGGUCUAAUCACUUGACCAGAAAUGCAUGGCACUUCUGUCCGGUAAAAUGGCGACCGUCUGGAAUACUCUCAAAGGAAAUUGAGAGUGUUCGCUGUAAAGUGCGCAAUCAUAACAGAAUCCAGUGACAGAUAAUAAAACGCUUAGCGCUUCGGUCUGUUAUGUUGUGAUUGGUAAAGCAAUUUAUAAGAAACAGUUAUUAUUUUGAUUACCAAAGUUCCUCUAUACCACAGAGAGGUUUAGCUUUCAAAAUUACUGGAUGAUUAUUUAAUUAUUUAUCAGUAUGGGCCUUUUUUUAUUUAACACUCUUGCUAAUGUUCUACCAAGUAAUACUCACCAUUAUUUAUAUAUGAUCAAUAGUAUUAUAUUAUAAUCUCCUAGGCUACCUUGAGCAUUUAAUUAAAAUGGAUAAUGGCGAUAUAUAAAUCUCAUAUAUUAUUAUUAUUAUUAUUACCCCCACCCUUUUACCAAAUAUAUUGGUAUGCCUCAGUACUCCUUUGUUUGUUUUCUUUGAUGACCUUCCAAUCAAUUCUAGUCAUGUUCUCCAUGCAAUAGUAUAUUUGCAUUGAUUCUCCAUGAUGUGUGUGCACACAUUGUAUUUUUUCCAAAUUCUAUUUAAAUUACAGUACGCUGAAAGAGAGUCUUGUAUCAAACGGUGUGUGUUUACGUGUACAUGCAUGCAUAUAUAUAAAAUCUAACUCCAUUUUGAGGUAAACAUGUUCAAUUAAAUGAUGUAAUUCUAGCCUCA